GUUAGUAUGAUUCCAGUAAACUCUAGGGGAAAAACAUAAACUCCAAAAAUCUAUUUGUAGUCCCUCAACACACAAAUUGAUUAGCCGUUUGUUAGCAACACGAAAGCAAGCGAAGCAAACACAGUGGUAGCGAGAAGAAUGGGAAGCCAACAAGCAGCACAAAUUCCGACCAGUUUUGGGCAUGAACUGAGGGCUUGUCUCCGUUGCCGCCUUGUCAAAACCUACGACCAGUUUAGGGAAUCAGGAUGUGAGAACUGUCCCUUUUUCAAGAUGGAUGAAGAUUAUGAACGUGUAGGGGACUGCACUACUUCUAAUUUUACUGG